AUGCAGUGGAGACAAUUCAAUUUCUCCUGGGGUGGUGCCAACGCCUUUGGCAGAGGCCAUGAGCAUCGUGGAAGCAUUCAAGUGCCAUGGUCGCAUGCCCGCGUGAUGUGCCAGGUGGCGAAGACCGCCGCCUUCCAAGAGGCCAAGCGCAGCUUUGCAGUCCUCAGCGCAGCCCGCAGCAUGGAGGACAUGGCCAUCGCUUCUUCCAAGGUGCCCGGGCUCGUGGCCGAAAGGCAGGCAUGCUGGCACCUUGCGCUGCGCGAGAGCCGCGGCCUGGAGCUUCCCGGCGUGCCCAAGGACUCUGCGCCUAACCCCUUCCUGGCAUCGCUUCGAGCCAUGCUGAAUACCAGCAGCACAUCGAUUCGAGCCGUCAUCGAAGGACAGGUGGCCGCCCCAAGAUUUCGCUCAUUGGACGCGAGGGCCUUUUCUGCUGACACCAUGGCAUCGUGGAUGUUGCGCGAGUGCCGGGCAGCUUCAUACCCCACCUUGCUGGAGGAUGCUGGGCUCCUCCCUCCGCAGGUCAAACCGCCCCCUGCGCCAGUACGGACCAAGCCACAGCUGCAGGAGGUGCCGAGCCAGAAGCCAGCCAAGACGGAAGGCAGCAGCUCAAUGUUCGCCAGUUUCCGCCAAAUGUGGCUGCAAGCGCAGUGCUUUUGA